AAACCGGAAACUGUUGACGUUUGCAUAAACAGGUGCUCUUGACGUGGAGAAAAAGAUAAAAUUUAGGCGAACAUUAGACCCGUUUUAUACUUAAAUUAAAAGAAAAAGCGACGAGAAAAAUGCAUAUGCUAAGAAGGGACAAGAAAGAGGAAGAAGAGGGAGGAGGUAACCCAUUUCAUAACCUUGACAAGACAACAGUUUUACAAGAGGCCAGAACAUUCAACGAGACGCCAAUAAACCCAAGAAAAUGUGGUAUGAUCUUGACAAAGGUUCUGUAUAUGAUCAAUCAAGGAGAUCAGGCUAUUGGUGCUACAGAGGCCACAGAAGCUUUCUUUGCCAUGACCAAGCUCUUCCAAUCUAAAGAUCCAACAUUGAGGCGUUUGAUGUACAUGGGUAUCAAGGACAUGUCUAAAAUAGCAAAUGAUGUCAUCAUUGUAACCAGCAGUUUGAUGAAGGAUAUGACGGGAAAAGAUGAUCAAUUCCGUGGACCUGCCAUACGAGCCCUUUGCUCUAUCACUGAUACAACAAUGUUACAGAGUAUAGAGAGAUAUAUGAAGCAGGCAAUUGUAGAUAAAAAUCAUGCCGUGUCUAGUGCAGCUCUCGUCUCGUCACUGCAUUUGAGCAAAGGAAGUCAAGAUGUGACAAAACGUUGGGUGAAUGAGGCACAGGAGGCUGUUUCUAGUGAUAAUGUCAUGGUCCAGUAUCAUGCUCUUGGAUUAUUGUACCACAUCAGGAAGCAUGAUAAACUUGCUGUCACGAAGCUUGUUAGCAAGUUCAGCAAACAUUCUCUCAAGUCACCAUAUGCUUACUGUCUUUUGAUCCGCAUAGCAAGUAAACUGUAUGAGGAUGACGAUGCUGCAAACAGCUCCCAGAUGUUUGACUUUAUUGAAAGUUGUCUCCGUCAUAAGAGUGAGAUAGUGAUCUACGAGGCGGCCCACGCCAUGGUAAACAUGAAGGGUAUCACCGCCAAGGAGCUCGCGCCUGCUGUAUCUGUCCUACAGUUGUUCUGUAGCUCUCCCAAACCAACACUUAGAUUUGCAGCAGUGAGGACUCUGAAUAGGGUUGCCAUGAAACAUCCAGCUGCUGUUACAGCAUGUAACCUUGACCUUGAGAAUCUGAUCACCGAUAGUAACCGUAGCAUAGCAACAUUGGCAAUUACCACUCUGCUUAAGACUGGUAGUGAGAGCAGUGUAGACAGACUAAUGAAGCAGAUCUCCUCGUUCAUGUCGGAAAUCUCCGAUGAAUUCAAGAUUGUAGUUGUACAGGCCAUACAAUCUCUAUGCCUGAAAUAUCCCCGUAAACACGGUGUCAUGAUGAACUUUCUCUCCUCCAUGCUUCGUGAGGAAGGUGGCUUUGAUUACAAGAAGGCUAUUGUAGACAGCAUAAUUACCAUCAUUGAGGAUAACUCCGAGGCUAAAGAAGCUGGUCUGGCACAUCUGUGCGAAUUUAUCGAAGAUUGUGAGCACACUGUCCUUGCUACAAGAAUUCUUCACCUGCUCGGUAGAGAGGGGCCGAGGACACCAACUCCAUCUAAGUAUAUCCGGUUCAUUUACAACCGAGUGAUUCUGGAGAAUGCAGCUGUAAGAGCAGCUGCUGUGACAGCCAUGGCAAAGUUCGGUGCUCAUUGUGACGAGUUAUUGGAUAGCUGUGUUGUAUUGCUGGAGAGAUGUGAACUAGACUCAGAUGAUGAGGUCAGGGACAGGGCAACCUUCUAUGUUAGAGUUCUUAGAGAGAGGCAGAAGGCCCUCAAUUCUGCAUACAUUCUUAAUGGUUUACAAGUUUCUGUGGUUGGAUUGGAACGUGCCUUGCAUCAGUACACCCUGGAACCGUCUGAGAAACCAUUUGAUAUGAAGACUGUUCCACUUGCCACUCAACCUAUCACUGACACCAGAUCUCUACCUGGUAAGGAAGCAGGAGACACAAUGACUGCUAAACCUACAGAUAAAGUGGCCUCUUCCAGACAGGAUGUGUAUGCUGAGCAACUUGCUGCAAUACCAGACUUUGCAAAUCUUGGGUCCCUAUUCAAGUCUUCAAGCUUACCUGUUGAGCUUACUGAGUCGGAGACCGAAUAUGUGGUGCGCUGUGUCAAGCAUACCUACUCUAGAUACAUUGUGUUCCAGUUUGACUGUACGAACACGUUGAACGAUCAAGUAUUGGAGAAGGUUACUGUAAGCAUGGAACCAGUAGAUGGGUUUGAGGUCAUCAAGUAUAUACCUUGUGCAAGUCUACCAUAUGAUACACCUGGCACAGCAUAUACCCUCGUCAGACUUCCUGAAGAUCCUACGAUGGUGACUGGAACAUUCAGCUGUACAUUGAAGUUUACAGUAAAGGACUGUGAUCCUAACACAGGAGAAGCUGAUGAUGAAGGUUAUGAUGAUGAAUAUGUGUUGGAAGAUGUAGAAGUUGCUGUUGCUGACCAUGUACAGAAAGUGAUGAAACCAAACUUUGGUGCAUCUUGGGAAGAAGUUGGCCCAGACAAUGAGUUAGAAGAUACCUAUGCCCUGUCUACAAUGAAAACUUUAGAAGAUGCUGUGAAAAAUAUUAUACAAUAUUUGGGCCUACAACCUUGUGAGAGGUCAGACAAAGUACCAGAAGGGAAGAGCUCUCAUACAUUGUACUUAGCGGGAGUUUUCAGGGGCGGACAUGACGCCCUAGUACGAGCCAAGCUAGCUAUGGCUGAUUCUGGCGUGACCAUGCAGUUAACUGUGCGCUCUACAGAUCCUAAUGUGUCUGAAGUGUUAGUUACUGCCAUCGGUUAAAAUUUACAUUUUAUGUAUUAUUCUUGAAAAAAAGAAAAAAAAAGGAAACAUUUUUUGGAUAUAAUGUUUUGAACAAAGUAUAUACUUAUAAAUAUUCCUUAUGUUUAUUUCAUCUUUGUCUUGAAUUAUAAAAAGAACACAUGCAUAGAAACAGUACAUUGUAUGGCUACUUUUAUUUAUUUAUGAUAACUUUGUUUUAUCUAUAGAUAUGUUAUUGUAAUUUUGUUCUGUUCAAAGUCUUGUAAACCUAAGGUUUUGUUCAAUAUGGGAAAAUGAACUUUACAUAAUAAUUAUAUUUAUUUAUAUUGUCAUCCUUCUUUAUCCAAGUGUUAGCUUAUCUAGGGUUGAAACAUAAAUUUUUCUAGUGUUGUGCAUCAAUUAUCAUUAUUUCUAACUAUAAAUAUAAAAAUGUUUAUAUAAGAUCUUGAACUAUUGAAAUUCUUACUGAAAAUAAAAAUCUUGAAAUUA